UAGGUCACUUUUUGUGUAAUUUAGACACGAUGCAAACAUGAUAGAUGUGGAAGUUUGGAACAUUGCCACCACGCCUCAUUUCCUUUAUACAAUUCCAACCUCAACCAAAAACAUGUCGUGCACUACUAUGGGAACAUACGUCUGCUCAUAUUUUAAUCCAAAAACUUUAUGUGUCUGUUUUAAAUAGUACCACUUUUGCCUUUUCUUUAUGUCCUUUUCCAGUGAGACAUAUGCUUCAAAAACAAUCUACUACUACCCAUAAAUAUCAACUCUCCAAGGAAUAGAGAACCACACAUCCACACCUCAUAGAUUCCAAAAGAAACAAUGGACUCUCAACAAUCCCAUAACCAACUUCAUGUCGUUUUUCUUCCAUUUCCAUCUCCUGGCCAUAUGAUUCCAAUGAUUGACACUGCAAGACUAUUUGCCAAACAUGGUGUUAAUGUUACUAUCAUCACCACACAUGCAAAUGCUUCAACCUUCCAGAAAACCAUAGACAGUGACUUCAAUUCAGGAUACUCCAUCAAAACUCAUCUUAUUCACUUCCCUUCAGCUCAAGUUGGUCUCCCUCAUGGUGUUGAAAAUCUCAAAGAUGGAACUUCCUCAGAAAUUCUUGGUAGAAUCAGCCAUGGAAUAUCGCUGCUCCAAGAUCCAAUCGAGGUACUGUUUCGAGAUCUUAAACCAGAUUGCAUAGUAACAGAUAUGAUGUAUGCUUGGACAGCAGAAGCAGCUGCAAAACUAAACAUUCCAAGGAUUCACUUUUACAGCUCAAGCUACUUCUCCAACUGUGCCUAUCAUUUUAUCAUGAAGUAUAGACCUCACGAUGGUUUAGUUUCUGAUACACACAAAUUUACAAUUCCAGGUUUGCCUCAUACCAUUGAGAUGACACCCCUGCAGAUUCCUGAUUGGUUAAGGGAGAAGAAUCCCGCCACAGCCUAUUUUGAACCAAUGUUUAAAUCUGAGGAAAUAAGCUAUGGGACACUAUACAAUAGUUUUCAUGAACUUGAAAGUGAUUAUGAGAAACUAAGUCAAACUACAAUGGGGAUCAAAUCAUGGAGUGUAGGACCAGUUUCGGCUUGGGCUAACAAGGAUGAUGAAAAAAAGGCUAAUAGGGGACAGAUUGAGGAGCUUGGAAAAGAAUAUACAGAGUUGUUAAAUUGGCUUAACUCAAAGCAAAAUGAGUCUGUACUUUAUGUAAGUUUUGGAAGUCUUGCUAUGCUAGCUCAUGCUCAGCUUGUAGAAAUUGCUCAUGGACUAGAAAAUUCAGGUCAUAAUUUCAUCUGGGUUGUGAGGAAAAAAGAUGGAGAUGAAGAUAGAGACGGGUUUCUUCAAGAUUUCGAGCAAAGGAUGAAGGAAAACCAAAAGGGCUAUGUGAUUUGGAAUUGGGCACCGCAGCUUGUCAUAUUAGGCCACCCUGCAACAGGAGGUAUAGUGACUCAUUGUGGUUGGAACUCGAUUCUUGAAAGCUUGAGUGUUGGUUUGCCAAUGAUCACAUGGCCAAUGUUUGCUGAACAAUUUUACAAUGAGAAGUUGCUUGUUGAUGUUUUGAAAAUAGGAGUCCCGGUCGGAGCAAAAGAAAACAAGUCAUGGAAUAGUGUUAGUGUAGCGGCAGUUGUGAAAAGGGAAGAGAUAGUAAAUGCUGUCAAGAUUUUGAUGGGAAGUGGUGAAGAGAGCAAACAAAUGAGGAUUAAAGCAAAAAAACUUGGUGAUGCUGCCAAGAGGAGUAUAGAGGAGGGUGGAGACUCUUACAACAACUUGAUUCAGUUGAUUGCUGAGCUGAAAUCAUUGAAGAAAUCUAAAGCACUUGGUGAGAAAGUAGAUUAGAUAGUUGAAGUGAAGGAGUAAUCUUGGUGCUUUAGGACUUUAGGAAGUGUAGCUGAUGAAUGUUUUGAAUAAGAUGAAACAACAUCCAAGUAUUUCUCUCCUGCUGUUUUUUGUUGUUAUUUGGAUUUCAAUAAGAUGAGACACUAUACAAUUA